ACAAGCGCACGAUGGGCUUUUGAACGUUUUAAACACUUUAAGCACCGGUGGAUGCUCGAACAAAUUGCCGUUGGACAGGGUGAGUCUUCAGGAGCAUCGGCAGCUGCUGCACGAUAUCAGGAGAGGAGCAGGUGAGGCCCACGGCAUCACAGCCGAGCAAGUGCAGCAGCUGUUGGCGGAGGCGGACAAGAGGGAGUACCAUGACUUGCUGAGAGCAUGGCUUCUGUGGCUCAACGAGCUGAUCCUGACUAGGCGGCUGCUGCUGGCGCGGCCACAGCUGCUGGUGGAGUGGCUGCUGGAGCGGGCGGCUCAGGAUAGCGUCGUGGACGAGCUGCAGUUGAUGCACACCCUGCUGAAAUCGCUGCCUGGACAGCAUCUGCAGUCGUUUUGGCCAAUUCUGUCGAUUCUGUCCCUGCCGCAGGACGCGGAGGCGGCUCUGUUGCUGGUCAUGUGCCAGGAAACGGUGUAUGUCGAGCUGGCUGAGUCAGAGGACCCGAAACUUAGCCAGUACCUGGCCAACAACCUGCUGCAGCCGCACUAUGAGGGACGCUGGGUGUCAUCCCAGUCGGAGAAGCUGCCCUUGCUCCUGGCCCACACACUCCAGCUCCUCCAGAAGAUCGUCAGCAAGAACGCCGACUACGCAGAGCAGCACGCCCCGGAGCUGAUGGGCUGCAUUUUGGCCCACCUUACUUAUGCCGCUUGCGGCGAGAACCCGGCCAAGCUGCACGUGCCCCGAAGGGUGCAGCCUGCCCAGCAAGCUGCUGCCUAUGGCGCCGAGGAGGAGGAUCAGUCCAACAGCAGCCAUAAUAAGUCCAGCUCCGGCGGCAAACGCAACAAGGUCCGAAAGGUACGCCCCCGCCAGAAGCAGAAGAACGGCCCAUCGGGUGAUGCAGCGCACAGCAUACCACAGGAACGACUACUGCUGCUGAGCAAUAUCGACUAUGGCUGCCUCACUGGCGACACGGAGGCAUGCACCCUGUCCGACUCCGAAGCACAGCAGGCGGCCCCUAAAGCGCUGCGCCAACAGCAAGCAAGCGUGAGAAUCUCCGCCCUCCACCUGAUGAGCGCUCUGACCAAGCAGCUGCCCCGUCGCUCCCUCUACGGCUACUGGCACGUGAUCUUCCCCAGCGACGAGGGCUCGCAGACGCACCAUCUGCUCCAUUUGGCAAAAAACGAUGCCAAUUCCCGCUGCCGCGCCCUGGCCCUCCAGCUCGCCGGACAACUGUUAUAUGGCUCCAAAGGAUACCUGAGCCAGGCCCACUCCCGGGGGCCGUGCACAUUCACCCCGUUCUCCGUAAGCCUGGCCAGAUCCGUGAUGACCGUCUACCGCUCGCUGACCUCCAUCCUGGAUCGUGAGUACGCCCCACCCGUGCUGACGCAGUGCCUCAAGUGUCUGGCCAUUCUCGUUCAGGCCACGCCUUUCGAUCAUCUGGAAAUGGGCUUCGUCUACGAGUUCGUGCUGCCCGUAAAGAGGUUGGCGAAGACCGGGGGGAACACGCCGGUGACAGUGGCCGCCCUGCUGGUUAUGGAGAUGCUGGUGGCGACACCACGACUGACCCAGGAAAUGGCCUGUGCCGUCGGCCUGUGCCCUUCACAGCGAAUGGAGGUGCAAUUAGAAGGCCUGCAUUUGCAGCACAAUGAAGAGCAGGAGCGAGAGCACCUCCUGGAGCUCUGCGAUUCUGAAGCAGAGGAAGAGAAUGAGCACGACCACGAGCAGAAACAUGGACAGGGACAGAAACAGAGACAGGAGCAAGUGGAUCCGCCCAAGAGGCUGACUGAACAGCCAUCGAUACCGCGAAAUUCGUGGCUCCUGCGCAUGGUACUCCGAUAUCUGAACUGUCCGACGACGGAGCCACCGCUGCGGCUGGAGUGCUACCAAGUGCUCCUGGCCAUGACCACGCACAUUGGCCUGCUCCGAAAAGAGCAGGCACACCUCGGGCGGGUCAUUGCCUCGGGCCUCAUGUAUGCCAAUGCCGACGUUCGGUUGCAUGCCGCCCGAUGCCUGGACUCGAUGGGUUACCAGAUGGGGCGGGCCCUGCCCGAACCGUCCGACCGGGACCUCGAGCUCUCCUUCUGGCUCGGCCUCCUCCCCCACAUUUUCGCGGCCUUCUGCGCUGAGGCGGCCCCCGGCCCCCUUAAGUGCGCCCUCUGCGACUCGCUGUCGAACAUAGGAGCCGUCACCUUUGAGGACCUACCCACCGGGCUGCGCCGCAGUCUGGUGACCUUCCUCAGCGGUUGCAGCAGCGACGACGCCGAGGAGCCUUUGGUGCGUGCAGCCGCGCUGCGGGCCCUGGCUGUCUUCGCGCAUCAUCCCUCUCUCAAAGCGAACUUGGUCUUCGUGGAGAAUGUGGCGGAACUGACGCUGCGGCUCACCAGCGAUACUCAGAUGGCGGUGCGGAUCAAGGCUGCCUGGGCCCUGGGGAACAUUAGCGACGCCCUGCUGGCCGGCGGCUCUGGCAACUCGGAGCGUGUCUACGACGAGCUGCUCGACCGCCUCAUCCAGACGGCCACCAAAUGCUGUAGCGAUCACGACAAGGUUCGGGCCAACGCGGUGCGGGCCCUGGGCAAUCUGCUCCAGCUCCAGCUGCAGCUGCUGGCAGUGCAGCGCCCAGAUGUCGCCCAGGAAAAGACGCAGGCUCAGACGGCCAUUAUCAAGUUGCUGGACUGUAUGCGGACCGCUGGCGGGGCAAAGGUCAAGUGGAAUGCCUGCUACGCCAUCGGCAGCCUAGUCAAGCACCGGGCCUUCUUCUCCGGCAACGCUGGCCUGGGUGACCUCCUCUUCCCCUCGCUCUGUCAGCUGAUAGUCCAGCACGCCAACUUCAAGGUGCGCAUCAACGCCACGGCCGUCCUACUGCAGGUGGAGCAACGCGCGGACUUUGGCUUCCACUUCACGCUUGUGUGGCGCUCACUCCUGCAGGCCCUAGAGCGCUCCAAUGCUCUGGACAGCUUCGAGGAGUACAACCACCGCGACGGCCUGCAGCAGCAGCUGUGCCUGGCCAUCGUCCACCUCCUGGCCCUGGCGCUACCCAUCGAUCUGCCCGCCUGUCAUGAGGACCUCGAGCAUUGCGUCGACGUAGUGGUACCCAAUUGGAGGCGCGUCGCCUACCGCAUGAUUCCCGAGCAGUCAGCGCCGCUGUUCACCUGCAGUCCGCUGCUUGAGCAACGCCUCCAUUCCACAGCCAUCACGCAGCGUCCUGCCCUGAACUUCAUAGUGAAGACCCUGCGUCUGGACCCAUAGGACUUAUGCCGUCUACAAAGUUCCCCGUCAUGUUCCCCAAUAAAGUCACGCUUUGAAUGCAAUA